UGCGUUUUCAUUGAUAGAGAUUAUUCCGACAUCUUGGAAAGAAAUCGUGGUUUCUGGAAAAUCUGAAUUAUUUUGCUCUUCAUCAAUCAAAAUGUCAGCAGAACUUACAUUAAAAGAGAGGGCUAACCUCUACAAACACAAAGGAAAAGAUGCUGAGGAAAUGCGGAGAAGAAGAACUGAAGUCACAGUUGAAAUAAGAAAGAACAAGCGGGAUGAAUCCAUGCUUAAAAGGCGUAAUGUCCCAUUAGCUCCUGACAGUACAGAUAGUGAGGACAACGAAAAGCCAACCCAGCAGUCACUAGAGACCAUAGUCCUGAAUGCCCACAGUAAGGAGCCAGCUGUCCAACUUUCAGCUGUACAGGCUGCAAGGAAGCUAUUGUCAAGUGACAGGAAUCCCCCCAUUGAUGAUCUGAUUGCUUCUGGAAUAUUGCCCGUCCUUGUGGAGUGUCUCUCUAAAGAAGAUACGGACCCUACCCGGCCUUCUCUGCAGUUUGAGGCAGCCUGGGCCCUGACCAACAUUGCGUCAGGGACGUCAGCACAGACCAGGGCAGUUGUAGAUGCAGGCGCAGUGCCAUUGUUCCUGAAGCUUCUUCAUUCACCUCAGCAGAAUAUCCAGGAACAGGCUGUCUGGGCUUUGGGAAAUAUCAUAGGUGAUGGUCCCCAGUGCCGAGACUAUGUGAUCCAGCUGGGAGCCGUCCAGCCUCUGCUGUCCUUCAUCAAUCCCAGCAUCCCCCUCGCCUUCCUGCGUAACGUGGCCUGGGUGAUCGUGAACUUGUGUCGUAACAAGGAACCUCCACCGCCGGUUGAUACCAUCAAGGAGAUAUUACCGGCUCUUGGGGUUCUGAUUCAUCAUACAGAUAUCAAUAUAUUGGUUGACACAGUGUGGGCAUUGUCGUACCUGACAGACGGGGGUAAUGAACAGAUACAGAUGGUUAUAGAGUCUGGAGUUGUACCAUUUCUGGUGCCCCUUCUCAGUCACGUAGAUGUCAAGGUCCAGACGGCGGCCCUGCGUGCCGUAGGUAACAUUGUGACUGGGACAGAUGACCAGACCCAGAUUGUUCUCAACUGUGACGCCCUCUCACACAUGCACGCCCUGCUGUCUCACCCCAAGGAGAAAAUCAACAAGGAAGCAGUGUGGUUCCUGUCGAACAUCACUGCGGGCAACACUACCCAAGUCCAACAUGUGAUUGACGCUGGACUCAUACCACUUAUUAUACACCAUCUUUCGAAGGGGGAUUUCCAGACCCAGAAAGAAGCGGCGUGGGCCAUCAGCAACCUGACAAUCAGCGGCCGGAAGGAACAGGUGAGCUACGUCGUUCAGGCAGGCGUGAUUGCUCCAUUCUGUAAUCUGUUGAAUGUCAAGGACACGCAAGUGGUACAGGUGGUGCUGGACGGCAUCAACAACAUCCUCAAGAUGGCGGGCGAUGAUGCUGACAGCAUUGCACAGAUGAUCGAGGAGUGUGGAGGCUUGGACAAGAUCGAACUUCUACAAAAUCAUGAGAACGAAGAAAUCUACAAGUUGGCUUAUGAAAUUAUUGACAACUUCUUUUCGGGAGAUGUUGAAGAUGAUCCCGCGUUAGCACCCGAGGUUGGCACUGAUGGGUACCAGUUUGAUCCAACGGCCGCUGUGCCAAAAGAGGGGUUUAACUUCUGACUAGAGGACUCUGUUGGGGAGCAUGUUGAAAUAGGCGGGAGUGACCCAGUCAAUAUUGGAUCUUCUUGUGAUAGUUUACUUGUAAACCAGUCUGAUGAUGUCAUAUCAUCGAGAGGAACUAACUCUGAUGUGAUGUCAGAGACUGGUUUUUCAGCCAGGGGAGGCAAUGCUGACCGUGUGUCGGUGAACUCCAGUACGGCUUCUAUUUAUGGAUCAGACUCUAAUAUACAUUUGCUAAAUAGCUGUAGUCCAUCCGAGGCGCAAUCUUAUAGUGCCGAUAUAAAUCAGAUGAUCGAUGAAAACGAUAAUAUCGACACCAGGGCAUUAUCUUUUGAUCAGAUAGGUGAUCAAGCAAGAGCAUACUGGAGGGAAUCCCCUAAUGUCGUGUCUAUAAAUAGUAACACAGAAGGCAGUCAUGUGGAAAGUCCAGACACACAAGAAAGUGGAGGAAAUGAGGAUCACGAUUAUUUGAGGGGAAAUUUCUCUAACGAUCCCGACUUAUUGUCAUGGUACUGUCUUAGCACAUGCUAGAUUAUUCACAUCUUAAAUAUCUGCUGGUGCUACAUUAUUACCUAUUGCAGUUUUAGUAAAGAACUUGUUUUAAAGAAAAAAAUAUCAGACAUGCUUGUUUUAACCAUAUUUUCAUUAGCAAUAUCAACCCUAUCAAGUUAAUCAAUUUAAGUUUAGCAGGUUUGUUUUCAUGCUAGCGUAUUAGUUCCAUUUAUACAGAUUUGAAGAUAAAUUUGUUGAAGGUUAAACACAGGAGACCAGAAUAUGUGCCUCAUUUAGUUAUGGGAGAAAGCAGGAAUAGAUGGGAGGGAGAUUUGAGACUUUGGAGAGAGAAAUAAUUCUUUAGUCGAAAGGUUGACUGGUGGCGUAAGGGAGAAAUAAUUAUUCAUUCAAAAUUAUUAAUAUCGAGAGAAAAGGACUCAAAUCCAGUCACAAAUUAUGUGAUAAUUGUGCGAGAGAACUUAUGCUGUCACAAUUGUGGCUAACGAGAGAGAACUAAUGUUACUGUCGCAAGUGUAAAUACUGCGAGAGAGAGUUGUUCCUUCUGUCCUUGGUGUGACCAAAGGGAGAACUAAUUUUCUUUUUAGCAAGUGUGAAAAUCAUGAGAGAGAAGAAUUGUGCGAGUUUGAUCAAAACGUCAAAUUAUCAGCUCUAGGCAUGGGUAUUUGCAAACAGUAUUGUCCGAUUCAUUAGAAUUUUUUUACAAAGCUGUAAAUAGAACAAUAUUUAAAACAAUGCUUUUAUUUCAGAAAUCUCAUACUCUUUUUUUCUCUAUUUAAAAAAAAAAGGUUGGGUUUUUUGCAUAAGAUAUAGAUUGUAGUUUCUGUGUUGCCUUCAAGGGAAACACACAGGGAUUACUUUAUCUGGCGUCUGCACUUUUGUUACAAUUUAAUUUCUAAUCAAUAAAUUUUGAUUACAAGUUGUAGUCCUCAAACUUGGUAUGCACAUUGCUCAUGAACAGUAGACCCUAUUGAUUUUGAGGUCAAUGGGUCAUGGUGACCUUUGCUAAAAAAUAAUGGGCGCUUUGACGGGCGUCUCUUCUGAUAAGCGGAAUUCUAGUUCUUAAUUUUGUUUAUCAAGUUUUUUAAUGCAAAUUUGUAACUUGAUCUUAAUGAAUGAAUAUGCAAAGCUCUUGUAUUUUCUGAAUAUUUCUUGCAAUCUUGAAUUGGAUAUAUGUUACCAAACAAUUCAAUUUUGCCAAACAAGAUUUGUUUUAUUGUAAUGUAUAAAUGUGUUAAAUUUUAAGAUUGUGCAUUUAUACUAUAUUAGUAAAUUUGUUCGAUACAACCACAUUUUCUGCUUUGAAAUUACUUCAAGGAGUACUAAAAUAUUAAUUCAUGAAAAUCAGUUUGUUGUAAAAUUGUGUCUUUAAUGGCCUCAAAAAAGUAAAGUAGUGGUUCCUGUAACAUACCUAAAGAUACAAAAGGGUUGAUAAGCAGGGAAACAUUUUUUUUUUGGAAAUUAUCUUAAGGUGUAAGAAGUAUGUAUAUUGUUGUAUUGUUGACAUACAUACACAUUCAGAAAUAAAUAUUGGCAAGAAAACAAAUAAUAUUGCUUCAUGGUUUAUACAGGGUUCUCUAAAACUUUGGGCUGAACCAUCUCAAAAAGAAAUUAACCCGCUAGUUUCCAUGCAUAUGUUUUGAUAUUUAUUUAAGAAAUGGUAAAUUCAAACCGACUAAAAACCUAUUUCAAUUAUCCUCUUUGGCUGCCAGCUGGUUCUUACCCCUGUUAUAUUACCAAUAAUAAUAGAUAUUUUAACAAAUUUUACCAGUAAAGUGUAUCGACUCCCUUGAGUAUUUGGAAUCCUUGCAUUAUUUUGGGUUGGACUAAAAGCACAUUCUUUUGUCUCUACUGAAAUGAUUAAUUUGCCAUAAUCCAUUCCGAAAAGCUCAAUCAUCAUUCUAUAUGUUUUAUUGUGUUCAUUUAAAAUGAAUGUCAAUGUAGAUAGUUAAAUAUGUAUAGUGUUAAACUUUGUUAAAACAAAGAUUUUUAUAUAAAUUUCCAAUUUGUUUACUCUACCCUUUUUUAACUUGAGAACAAGAGAAUUUCAGGUGUCUGAUGUAUCAGUUUCAUCAUUAAGUAAAAUACUGACCUGUGAGCCAGAAGGGAGAUAGUUAAUUGUAAAAUCUAUGAUCGAGAGGGAGAUUUUUUUCUGAUGUUGGGGUGACUUGGGAUUAGUUGCAGGAAGAUAAUCUUUCUGAAACAUGCAUUGUUUGUCAGACUAAUAUGGCACCUUCUUUACCAGUUUUAAGUUUUUAUUUUUUAAACAUGCAUAAUUAUUGUUUUUAUUUUGUGCGAUAAUGUUGAAAGGUAAACUGGAAGUUAUGAAAAUCUUUGCUUACAGUUCCUGUUCAAAUGAUUUAAUAUUGUUAUCACUGAUAAUUUCAGUUAAUUGAUGUUUAAUUCAGUAAUUAUUAUAAUCUUGUUUUUCAUAUUCUUCUCUUGGAAUUUUAAUUCAGAUUUUAUAUUUAUCUGUUCUAACUUCAAAACAAUUUCUUAACAUGUUGAUCUUCCUAUCAUUGGAAAAUACACUUUAGUUAGUUAGUUAAAUCUUUCUGUCUUAGUCCUGUUCUGCUGUCAUUCUGUUUUUACUUUGUAUAUACUGUAAAUACCUAAUGUAUAUAGAUGUAAAUAGAUAUUUAAAGUGUGUUACCUGUAUUUGCAAUAUAUAAUAGCAAAAUAAAAUGCUCUGUUUCGAUGUACGUGUUUAAAUCAUACUGAUUUUUAUUUUCAUUUAGAUACAAGAUUUCACCAUUUGUAACUUGCUAUGUUUUUUCGCAGUAGCAGUAAAUGUUUUCAUCAUUUAACAGAGCAUUUUACUUGCCUUUUUUAACGUCCUAACCAAAUGCAACAUUUGUAUAAUUUUUUUUAAAUGAAUCAAAAUUUAGUUGUACUACACAAUAUUGUUAUUUUUUCACAUGUUAAAAAUAAGGCGAUACCAAAUUGAUUAAAUAAUUAGUGUAAGGAUUCAGUUCCAAGUAUCAUUGAAAGGAAGAAAAAUAUUCUCUUUACAAUGCCCAUCAUACCAGAUAACAAAAAUGAAAAUAACAAAGAAAGCAUCAUAUAUAUUUGAAGGUCUAUACAUCUUCUAUGUAUAAUAUAGUUAAAUGUUAUUUUAAUUAUUUAUGUGUAGAAAUUGAUAUGCCUUUGCUUAAAUUUAGAUUUUGGUAAAACAAUUAUUUUUUUCAUUCUAAAAGCUGAAAGCCAACUCGCCCAAUGAUGCUAAAUAUUGAAUCAAUUAUAUAUUGCCUAACUACAAUCAGUAUUUCAAUAGAAACUGUCAUGUAGAAACUGUUUCUAUCAUAAAGUAAUCGUUAUAAACAUUACUGAGUGUUGCAUUUCGUUCUGUGGUUAAGCUUUUAGCUCAUUUUAAACAGUGCAUAUCUCAUGGUUCGGUUUGUUUCCAACUCAGUGAACCAUGUAUGCAUUAAAAAAAAUAUAUUUUCAUUUUUUCGAAUUGGAACAUUUUAUCGAUUAUGAUAAGUUUAUAUAUAUUGCUGGCUCUUAAAGACUGAGUAACUUAUAAUAUUUCUUUUGGUGACCAAAGAAUGUCCUUAAAAUAGGUUUUCCAUAAAUAAUGAAUUUUGGCAAACCUUCAGAAAAAUGCUAUUGAAUUGUUCAUGAAUACUGCGGGGAGGAGUGGGGGGUCUAUUUUCAAAUUUGUGUGUUGUUUUUCCGAUGGUGAGUGAGCCAGCAAUGUUGCAAAGAAAUAAAAGUGUUUUUUACUGUUCUAAAAGCUUCCAGUUUAGUUAUCUGUAUCUGUACUGGUCAGAAAUCAUUGGUUGCUGCUAUGAGUUUUUAGAGCUUGAUGUUUGUAUAUUAUAUGGCAAGAAUCAAUGUUUUCUUGUAUUUUAUGAAGGAUUGGUGUCAUAAGCCAUAUCUUUAAGGCCUUUUUAACUUUAUUGUUCUGAUAUUUAUUUCCUGUAAGGAAAAUUGUCUUGAUUCUAUGUGCCUUUCUUGGCAUAAUUAUUUGUUUUCACUGUUUGAACAUACAAAUCAUUUGAGGUCUUUCAUAUUGUUGUUGGUUGCACAGCAAUGCAUGACAGACACAUGGCUCACUUUGUGUGGUGUCGUUGUUGUCCGCGGCGUUGUUAGCCUCCUUUACAUUUCCGAUCAAUAACGUUUGUAUGAAUUGGCCAGAAGUCCUCAAACUUGAUAUACACAUUGGGCAUGGUCAGAGGAUGAGUUUGGGUCAGUCAAGGUUAUGGUGACUUUAAGAAGAAAAAUAAUGGGCGCUUCAGAUAGAUGACACAUCCGGUUCGUGGAAUUCUAGUAAUAAAAGUUGAAUUAAAUAUUAUAACAUUUUUGGAUACAUUUAGAGAAAUAAACUAUUCUGCUGCAAAUAAAACAACAACACAAAAUGCUAUGAUAAAAUUGUUCAGAAAAUCAGAAUUGAUAAUUUUGCAGUGUCAUAAAUGUUUGAAGGGUAGAGAAGAAGAGUAGAAAAUUUAGAUUUUUGUUCAAAUAGUGAAACCAUUUUAGAAGCAACAAAUGUUGCCAUUGCGACAAUUGUUUGUUGCUAUGACAUAUUUAUAGGUAAGGAUAAUUUUACAAAUGUCCAAUUGUGCAAUGUGUGUUGUAGAUCAUUUUAGAAGGGCAUCAUGUAACUGUAUCCUUAGUAUAGAUUUACAAAAUUUAGGCCCUCAAAAACCGACAUUUUAAGUCAUUCAGACGGGUAUAUUUAAUGUUAGAAAGGCCUUUGAUUUUAUUGUAUUUCAGUCAUGCAUAGUACAUAAUUGUAUGUUGCUAUCCCAAUAAUAAAUGUGUGAACUAUUUCUGUGAUUAUAUGAUGCAUGUAAUCGAAUGAUUUGUGAAGUUAUACAGUUGUUUUAUAAACAAGUUGUACUUCCAAAUCAAUACUGACAUAUGCGUCAACAUACACUUUCUAAUUUUUUAGAUUAAAAAUAUGUUGGAGUUGGAAAAUGACAUACAUGUAUAUCUUGAUUAUAUACUGGAAUUGGUGAUAUGAUAUAUACAAUAUAUCGGAGAUCAAUAAUUGAUAGUGUUUUAAUUUUGCUUAUAGGGUAAUUACAAAAGGCAGUUUCAGGGGUUUGUAGAGUAAAUUCUACAAUAGUGUAAUUUUUUCAAUAAAGAACUAGACAUUAAGAUAAUAAAUAGUUACAACAAUAGCAUACAAGCUUUGCUAAUAAAGUAAUUCAUUCAUAUUUUAUUUUCAUCUGUACAAACAUCUGCAUUAUACAAAUUAUAGUGCCAGUAAAGGAACUCUUAACCUUUUUAAUACAUGUUAAAUAUUUGCUUCUGAUAAAAUGGUUGGAAGUUGUUUUGGAAGGUUUGUUAAAACAAAUUUUUGUUAUAACAAUUUCAUCCCUGUGGUCAUGCUUGUUUUAUUUGAAUAGUAACUUCCCUAAAGCUAAGUUUAUAAGAUAAUAUUUGUUAUCAUUUAAUUAGGCUUUUUUUUUUUUUUUGGCAAGACAUGCUACACAUAGUAAUACAUUGAUUUUAUGUUUGUUAGUGUAUUUGAAUUGUUAAGAAAUUUGUUGUCAUGUAUUUUUGCUAUGUUCAUUUUUUUGUAAGUUCAAAUUAAAAUGGUACCUUCAUGGACGUAUUUUUGAUAUUUGAUAAGUUUGAAAAACAUUCUUUGUUGCAUUUCUUAUCUUAUGCACCAUAAAAAAUAUUUGAAUUAAUUCAUACUAUUGCACAGUUUGAGCAAUUCUAUUUUAGGAGCAAAUCUCAUUAAAAAAGUACCAUUUCAUUUGAACAGUUUCCUUCAAUACAAUUUCCUUAAAUACACUUGGUAAAGAAUAAUUUGUUACUUUGUAUGUCUUUCAAAUUACUGUUAAAGGCAAUAGGGAAAUCCAUGGUUUAGGUGUUGAAGGACAAUUUCAGUCAUCGUCAGAAUUUAUUUGUCUCAUAUUUCGCAUUGAAUUAUAUGUGAAAAGUAAACCUGUUCAAAAGAAACAAAUAUAUGUUCCUAAUAAGUUUUCUCCUUUUCCACGGAUUAUACCUGUUGCCUGUAAAAUUCAAAAAUUGUUGUCAAUGCACGAUUUUGCACGUGCAUAUGCAAAAUGAAUAAAGCAAUUAAGUUGUAAACGUAAAAAGAAAUAAACGGAAGGAGAUGCCAUUAAAUUGGCAUCUCAUUCCAAAUCAUUCCUA